AUGCCACCAAAACGAGGGAAAAACAAUCUCGCCAAGAAGCAAAGACUUCCGGGUAAACGUAACAGCAACAACAACGUGGAUACUCCUCUUCAUGUCAACAACAGCAGCAAAUCACCUUCAACUAUUGAAUUUUUGGAUGAUGGAAAGCGAACCCUGUUCAUCAAUCCCUAUCAUCGUAAAGAUGAUGACAAUUCCGAUACAUGUUCGGUGCAUGAUGAUAGUUUAUUAAUCAUGAUGGAUAGCAUCCAACAUCCAACAUUUUCAUCCUCUGUACCAUCUCCUAAUACCGUUGAUGGGAACAAUACUGGAGAUAAAUCAUCAUCUCUUCUGAAUGCUGCAACACCUACAACACAUGAUGACUCAUCGCUCUGCAUUGAAUCGGCUUCAUCAUCUCUCAAACGAACGCUUUCACGAAGAAGCUCACGAAAGGAAAUUAAUUACAAUGAACAAAAUUCAGACGAUGAAGAUGGAGAGGCUGAAUUGAACAAGCCUCGACGACGAAAAAAGAAAAAACAAGACGAAGAUCCAGAGGCACGCGUGUAUGACGAUGAAGACGAGUUGAGUGCUGCCACAUGCAUUCGUGUGAAUCAACUGCCAAGAGUCUUUCAGAAAAUAAUGAACGCUCUCAAACCGAACGUGGCGUAUGAAACCUAUGCUGUUCAGACCUUGUUGUUGAAUUGUGCUCUGGAUACUGAGAAUUUUCACGAUGAAGAAUCACUUGUAGAUUUUGUGACGCAUGUCAUUAGCACAAACCCUCAGUUUGCUAUUAAGGGAAUGAAAUCGUGGCAGGAUCCUCCAAUUUCAGGUUCCAACAUGCCAUGA